AUGUCGGACAAACUCACCCGUAUCGCCAUCGUCAACAGCGACAAGUGCAAGCCAAAGAAAUGCCGACAAGAAUGCAAGAAGGCAUGUCCCGUCGUGCGAAGCGGAAAGCUCUGCAUUGAAGUGGCCCCCGACUCCCGACUGGCCUUCAUUUCUGAGUCCCUCUGCAUCGGAUGUGGUAUCUGCCCCAAGAAGUGCCCUUUCAGCGCCAUCACCAUCAUCAACCUGCCCACGAACCUCGAGAGCCAGGUGACCCACCGAUACUCCGCCAACAGCUUCAAGCUGCACAGACUGCCUAUGCCGCGGCCGGGAAACGUUUUGGGUCUCGUUGGAACAAACGGUAUCGGAAAGAGCACUGCGCUGAAGAUCCUCAGUGGAAAGUUGAAGCCGAACUUGGGCAGGUUCGACAACCCGCCGGACUGGGAGGACGUCAUCAAGUACUUCAGGGGCUCUGAGCUCCAGAACUACUUCACGAAGCUUCUGGAGGACGACCUGACCUCCGUGGUGAAGCCGCAAUAUGUCGACCAGCUCCCCAAGGCCAUUCGCGGCCCGGAGAAGUCCGUCAAGUUCCUCCUCAACAAGGCGAAGCAGCUUGACAACCUCGAGGAGGUCCUGGACGUCCUUGAGCUGCGCCACAUUUACGAUCGUGAUGUUCCCCUGCUGUCUGGCGGUGAGCUCCAGCGAUUUGCCAUCGGUAUUACCUGUGUGCAAAACAAGGAUGUCUACAUGUUUGACGAGCCAUCUUCAUAUCUCGACGUCAAGCAGCGUCUGGCUGCUGCUAGGAUGAUCAGGUCGCUGUCAAAGCACGACAACUACAUCAUCGUUGUCGAGCACGAUCUGAGUGUGCUAGAUUAUCUUUCGGAUUAUGUCUGCGUCCUUUACGGUCAACCCGCCGUCUACGGUGUCGUCACUCUUCCUCACAGUGUCCGAGAAGGCAUCAACAUUUUCCUGGAUGGUCACAUUCCGACAGAGAACUUGCGUUUCCGCGAGGAGUCUCUCACCUUCCGGGUCGCAGAAGCUCAAGAUAUCUUCGAUAAUGAUCAGACGCGUGCCUUCAACUAUCCCGCGAUGGAGAAGACUUUGGGCAACUUCAAGCUAAAGAUUGACGGCGGCUCCUUCACCGACUCGGAGAUCCUUGUCAUGAUGGGCGAGAACGGUACUGGCAAGACCACCUUCUGUCGGAUGCUGGCCGGUGCUCUCAAGCCCGACGGAACGCAAAAGGUACCGGACAUGAGAAUCAGCAUGAAGCCUCAGACUAUCACUCCCAAGUUCGAGGGAACUGUGCGACAGCUGUUCUUCAAGAAAAUCCGUGCAUCAUUCCUGUCCCCACAAUUCCAGACUGAUGUUGUGAAGCCUCUCAAGCUUGACGAUUUCAUCGACCAGGAAGUCAAGAACUUGUCCGGUGGUGAAUUGCAGAGAGUCGCCAUUGUUCUCGCCCUGGGUCUCCCCGCCGACAUCUAUGUGAUCGAUGAGCCGUCUGCCUACCUCGACUCGGAGCAACGUAUCAUCGCGUCUCGCGUCAUCAAGCGAUUCAUCAUGCACGCCAAGAAGACUGCUUUCAUCGUGGAGCACGAUUUCAUCAUGGCCACCUACCUCGCCGAUCGCGUCAUUGUCUUUGACGGCCAACCUGGUAUCAAUGCUCAUGCCAACUCGCCCGAGUCCUUGCUCACAGGUUGCAACUCCUUCCUUAAGAACCUGGAUGUCACAUUCCGCCGUGAUCCCGUCAACUACCGCCCUCGCAUCAACAAGGGCGGCUCUCAACUCGACCAGGAGCAGAAGCUGAACGGGAACUAUUUCUUCCUCGAGGAUCCGGAGAAGACGAAUGCCUGA